AUGUCUAAUGAAAACAGCAUCAUGUUAGCAAAUAUAGAGGCGAAUUGCUGGGCAACAAAUACUACUGCAGUCUGCAGAUUCGUGUCGUACAUUGAAAUGUCUUCCAGAAGUCUCAUAUUGAGCAUCAAAGAGCUACUAGCUAGAACCUUGGAUGGGAAUUCAAACAUAUAUGCGAGAAGCCAACUAUUAUGCAUAUCGGAUCACCAAGAUACACAAGUUCUUAAUCAGCCAGUGGAAGCUGUUAGUCCAAUUUUGGCAGCAAAUUCAGUUAGGGCUUUGAAUGGGGAAUACCAACUUCAGCCGGAUCAGCUCUACUUCGUCCUCCCCGCUUCUAAGCUUCAGUACCCAAUUACUGCCUCCGACAUGGCCGCUUUGGCCGCCAAGGCCAGCCUCGCCCUCUCCCACUCCCUCCAUAAAUCAUCAUCCAAUUCUUCUUCUUAUAACAAACCCUCCUCCUCCUCCUCCUCCUCCUCCUCUAUCCGUCAAGGUCGCCACCACCGUGCUCGUGCCCGCCAAAACAACAUGGCUAGAAUUUCCCCCUUCUUCUUAGAAGAAGUCAACAUUAACAAUAAUACUAGUACGAGUAAAAGUACGAGUACGAGUAAGCGUGAUAAUCAUCAUCAGAGAGUUCCUUCAUCUUCUAAUUCUGAUGGUAAACAUUAUUAUUAUUAUGAGAUGGUGGAGGAGGACCGUGAUGAAUUGAAGGGCUUCUCAGAUAAGUCUUAUCCAGAAGAAGCACUAGGAGUAGCAGGAGGAGGAGGAGUAUUAUCAAGCUCUGUUUCUGAGAAGAAGAGCAUGAGGAUCCGGAGUAAGCAGCGGCAGAAGAACAGAUACAGAUACUCAGGCGGGGCUAAGGUUGCUGUUCGCUCCUUCAGGAUCCAGUUGACCACUAUCUACGAAGGCUCCGUCCUCCAUUUUUAUUGAUUACCAUCACUUCCCCCUCCUUCUUCUUUUUCUUUUUCCCAAUUUUUUACAGUAGGAUAUUUUACAACUGCGGAACCAUAUGUCACCAUAAUUUUUUUUUUUUUUUUCAAAUUCAUGAAUCAUGAGAGCCUGCUUGUCUUUUCUUAAUUUAUGUGACAAAAUGCACCAUCUAUGUGCGAUCAUUUUUACGAUUGUACAAAUU